UUAUGAAUAAUAAAUCCUCUAAAGAGCUGGUCGGGAAGUGCAAAAUCCCUUUCUUCAUCAUAAAUACUCACACGAUAGAUUCCCAAGAAACUCUUCAAUAAAAGAGCUUUACUCCAUGAGAUCACAUACAGCUUCCACACACACUGAGAGAUAACCGAAUCGCGAGGGGACGAGAGAUGACAAGGAGAUCUGGGUCUUGUUUCCGGUGUUGUUUAGUAAUUUUGGCUGUGAUUUCAGCAUUGUGUGUAUCUGGGCCAGCUCUUUAUUGGAAGCUCAAACGGGGGUUUAAUUUGAAACCUGGUUCUUCGAUCCAUUGUACUCCAUGCGUCUGUGAUUGCCCUCCUCCGCUCUCCCUUCUCAAGCUCGCUCCUGGCUUGGUCAAUCUUUCUGUCACAGAUUGUGGGAAGGAUGAUCCAGAUCUCAAAGAAGAAAUGGAGAAACAAUUUGUGGAUUUACUAUCAGAAGAGCUUAAACUACAGAAAGCAGUAGGUGAAGAACACAUUCGCCAUAUGAACAUUACAUUUGGUGAAGCAAGAAGGGUUGCUUCCCAAUAUCAAAAAGAGGCUGAAAAAUGCAACACUGCAACUGAAACAUGCGAACAAGCAAGAGAACAAGCUGAGGCUCUCAUGAGACAAGAAAAAAAGAUCACUUCUUUAUGGGAGAGAAGAGCUAGAGAACUUGGUUGGGAAGGAGAAUAAUUUUUUUUACCAAUAUAUUUAUUCUUGUUUCCUAUUUAUGCAUUUUAGUUUGUGUUGUAUUACUGAUUAUAGGCAUAGUUCUAAUUAAAUAUUACUUUAGCUAUGUUUGAGCUUGCAUCAAGAAGACUCU